AUGAAUGAACCAGUGUUAAUUAGUACUGAAAUACCUGAUAAUCUACAAAUAAUCAAUGGAAAGAAUAUUUUCAAGAAAGAUAUUAAUGAAUUUAUUAUUCCAUCAUCAAUUACUAAAUUAGGUGAUGAUUGUUUUUAUGGAUGUUCAUCAUUAAAAUCAAUUAAUAUACCAGCAACAAUCACAUCAAUAGGAAGUUGGUGUUUUUAUGAAUGUUCAUCAUUAAAAUCAAUUAAUAUACCAUCAUCAAUUAAUGAAUUAGGAAAUUAUUGUUUUUAUAAAUGUUAUUCAUUAACAUCAGUUACUAUUCCAUCAUCAAUUAGUGAAUUAGGAAAAUUGUGUUUUAGAGAAUGUUCAUCAUUAAAAUCAAUUAAUAUACCAUCAUCAAUUACUAAAUUUGGAAAUGGAUGUUUUUAUAAAUGUGGAUGUGAAGAAGAAUUAAUGAAAAAUCAAAGAAUACCAAGAAAUUGCUUUAAAGAUUGGUGGUGA